CCACAAAUCAUUGGAAAAGGUUGACCGGCGCGCGACUGCUGAGUUUUCGAGAAAAAUAAUCAAUUUAAAAGUUCUCGCUGUCUAGAACGUGCAUUUGCGCUACAGUUGCAAUUAAUAAAUUAAUUACUAAAAAUCUUUCAUCAUGACUUGUGAUGAAGGCGUAGAUAUCACAAAAACUGGAGAUCGUGGUGUGUUGAAGAGAAUCAUCAAGGAGGGUACAGGAACAGAUACCCCUAACCCUGGAUGUCAGGUCACUGUACACUAUACGGGAACACUCCUGGAUGGCACUAAGUUCGACUCCAGCAGAGACAGGAACGAACCAUUUGAAUUCAACCUAGGCAAAGGGUUAGUCAUAAAAGCAUGGGACAUAGGUGUAGCUACAAUGAAGAAAGGAGAGGUGUGUGUGUUGACCUGCGCACCCACAUAUGCCUAUGGGGCUGCUGGCAGCCCUCCCAAAAUCCCACCAAACUCCACUCUGCAAUUUGAGAUCGAGAUGAUAGACUGGAAAGUGGAGGACCUGUCUCCCGGCAAGAACAAGGGCAUCCUGCGUCACAUCAUUGAGCAGGGAACUGGCAACGAUAGUCCGAAUGAUGGCGCAAUGGUAACAGUUGAGCUGGAAGGAAGACUGCAAGCUGAUGGCAAGGUAUUCGAUACGAGAACAGUCACAUUCCCUCUCGGAGAAGGCAGUGAACACAAAGUAUGCGAGGGUGUCGAGAGGGCUUUAGAAAAAUUCACGCAAGGGGAGAAGUCCAGGCUCACCAUUCAGCCAAAAUAUGCCUUCAAAUCUGAAGGAAACGCUGAACUAGGUGUCCCACCCAAUUCGGUAGUGGAAUACACAGUGAAAUUGAAUAGUUUUGAGAAAACCAAAGAGGUUUGGUCCAUGGACGGGUCGGAGAAGAUAGAACAGGCGAAGAUGUCCAAAGAAAAGGGAACCAACUACUUUAAGGGAAGCAAAUUCCAACUGGCAAUCAAGAUGUACAAGCGCGUUGUUUCAUUAACUUCAGACCUGACAAAGGACUUGAGUGAAACAGAAGAAAUCAUAAACCAAGCUAAGGAGCUUCUUCUGUCAGCGUACUUGAACCUCUCCCUAGUCUACUUGAAGGUCACACCAGCUCACUACUUUGAGGCCAAGGACAAUGCAGUGAAGGCUUUGGAGUUGGACAAAAACAAUGUUAAGGGUCUCUUCAGGAGAGGCCAAGCUCAGUUGGGACUUGGAGAGCCUGAAUUAGCCAUCAAAGACUUUGAAAAGGUUGUGCAAGCUGAACCACAGAAUAAGGCUGCCGCUAACCAGAUAAUCGUUUGCAAGACGGCGAUCGCGAAACAGAAGCAGAAAGAGAAACAGCUCUACGCCAACAUGUUCGAGAAGUUCGCUAAAUACGACACGGAGGUGGAGAAGCAGCGAGCUAAAGAUGAGAUAGACGUAAUAGGUGAGAAGGUAGGCGAAUGGGGCGCCGGCGAGGGUGAGUGGACUGAUCAGCAACGGCUGAGGAAACCCACUGAGUUCGAAAAGGAAAACCCUAACAUCCUACUCUUAGACAAGGACGGACAGUUCGAGAACAUGUGAACUCACCAUUCACAAAAUUCCAAGUGGAUGCUUAUAUAGACUAUGUUGUAUGUAGAUGUGUAAUUAUUUUAUUUGAAUAAAUAUUAUGCCCCAUAUGAAGCGAAAAAUCAACCCUGGUACAAUAUAAUGUAUGUAUAAUUGAUUAUAGUUAAGUAUGUCAGUGGACUUUUUACUCAAGGAUUUUUCUAUGUAAGCGUCCAUCUUAGAAUAGAUGCCUUCUGCCUCAAAAGUGCAUUAUAUUAGUUGUAAACUCUGAUCAAACUGUUUGUUUGUCUGGACACUUAAUUCAUAGAUCUCUUCACCAAACUUGUGUAUUGUAUAUUUGUUGUACUACUUACGGAC